AAAGACAACGGAGAAAAUUUUCAUCUUUUGUCAAAACUUUCCAACUCUUUCCCGCUCUACGACAAUGGUUUUAAUCAAUUCCUUUUUCAAAAUUCUCAUCUUUCCGCUCCAAAAUUUCCCUCCAAUUCUCUUCUCAUAACACAUAGCAAAACCCAAUUUCCCAAAUUCAUCAUUCAACAACCUACAGAAACAUAAUCAAUGGACAAUGGUUGCGGUAUUGCCAAAACCAUUUGCUCAAUUUGCUACGAGGAUCUAAAACCCAUCAUCGAGGAUCUUCAAUCCAUCUCAAUCUGUGGCCAUGUCUUCCACGAGCUCUGUUUACAGCAGUGGUUUGAGUAUUGUUCGAAUGGGAAGAAGAAAUACAGUUGUCCUAUGUGUAAGCAGACCUGUGUGGGAAAAGAUGUUGCGCGGUUGUAUUUUCAAUCUGUGGGUGAUGCGAAUGAUCCAAUGCUGGCUAAGAAACCUGCCGAUUGGAUUGAGAAAGAUCCGGAGUUGUUGAGAAGUGAGAUCAAGAGGUUGGAGAUGAGGGUAUCAGUGCUUAAUUCGACAUUGGAAACUCAAGGGAAGGAUAUCAAAGAGCUUCACGAGGAGCUUCAACUUUGCCAGGAUGAACUGAAGAAAGAAGUAGGCUUGAGGAAUGAUGCCAUGAAACAAAAAAUUUUAAUGUCUCAACUGCUUCAUUUAAAAUCCGAGGAACUUGAAAACUCAACUGUUGAGUGCAAAAGGCUGCACGAAAGAAGUAUGGCUUUAGCUAAAGAACUUGCAGCUUUCAAGUUAAUAUCUGAAGUGGAUCUUGAUGAAGAGGAGGUCCUAAAGCUUUCUUCAUUGGGUAGUGGAGCAGACAAUAAAGAUACAAUUGACAUUCUAAGGAAAUCCUUGGUCCUACGUAAUAGGAGUUAUAAAGAAUUGAUGGCAAAGUGCAAUCUUCUUGGAAGGGGAGAGGCUCGUUCUUGUAAGAAACUUGAGAAGGCAAAUGGGAAAAUAAAUAAGCUAAAGGUAAGGGUCCAAGAACUAGAGAAAGCCAUUGAAGAUAAAGAUAAUGAAGUUCUGAGAGGCUUGAAAGACGCAAAAAAACUAGGAGUUCAGGGUAGUGUUUGUUGUAAAUGUAACAUGGUAUCAGCAAAAAAUAAGUCCGCUGCUGCAGCAGAUACUUUACCUUCAACUGCAAGCCAGAUCAACGAACCGUUAUCUUCUAGAAAAGAGAAAAUUUAUGACUUUCCAAGCGGUACUCAUACAAGCUAUUUGACCACGGUAGAUAUAGCUGAGAACAUAUGCUCCUCAGUGAAUAAGAAAACUUCAGAAUGUUCUCAAGUUGAGAAUGCCAAAGAUUCUACUAUGGAAAGCCAAAUAAGUGAGGAAGGAAACCGAAUGUCUUACCAUCCGCAGUUGACCAGCUGCAAUUUGGUCCGGAAAAAGGCGUCAGAAAAAACAACCAACUCAGUAAAUCCUAUGCCUUCAACAACUACAGUCAGAACUGCUGUCCCGGGGGAUGAAGGCAUGCCUUUGUUGGUUGAAGACUCAGCAGAACCUGAAGCUGUCCUUAUUAACAUUAGGCGAGAAUCCUCUAGCCACAUAUCACUCAAUAAGCCAGGAGGUAUAUCUUUUUCUGGUGGACUACUUGGCCCUAAUGGAUCAAAUAUGUAUUUGGGUAAAUGGUGCAAACGUGGACAAACCAAUGGCUCAAGUGCAAUGCAAGGUUCACGUUCAGGUGAACUGAUUGCUGUUGGCGCUGACGGGAGAGGUGGACAAAUAAAAGUCCUGAGAUCUCAAAAUGAAUCCUCACUGAGUGACGCAACAUCAGCAGGGACAAAGAGGUUCAAGAAUGGAGUAAAAAAUGUUAAUAUGCGAAUAGAGAACUUCUUUUCAAAGUGCUAGCUAUUUGAUAGCUUGUUUUGUAUGUGUAAAUUUAGUCAUUUUCAUAACAGAUUGAAGAAGGCAAGAUAAGUGAAUUAGGCAUUUGAAGAGAGAAUUUUUGUUCUUACAAGUAGGGGACGAGCAUCGAUCAAUUGGAGUCUAUUUUUUACCAAAAUGUUCUCAGAUCGACUAUGAUCUCUUUAGUAAAUAUUCAAACCGACUUCGACCAUGAAGAAGUACAAACUAGUCAUUGUUAGUUUGGAUUUUUUUCAAUCGACACCGAUUGAACACCUUGUUAUCUCCAA